ACUAACCACGUCAAGCGCAGCGUGGCUCCCACCGAGGGCUUCAAUGCCAUCUGCGUCAACACCGAAGAGUCCCAGAUGGAGUUCCUGGAGAUCGGGGGCAGUGAAUCUCUGCGUUCAUACUGGAAGAUGUACUUGCCCAAAGUGCUGUUGCUAAUCUAUGUCGUGGACUCGGCCGAUCAUGCCCGACUGCCUGUGGCAAAACAGCUGCUUCAUCAACUGAUCCAGAACAACUCUACCCUGCCGGUGGUGGUUCUGGCCAACAAGCAGGACCUCGAAGGUGCGUAUUGCAUCACCGAUAUCCACGAUGCUCUGGCACUGUCUGAUAUUGGGGACGAGAGGAAGAUGUUCUUGAUUGGUACCCACGUGGCAGAGGACGGCUCUGAGAUCUCCUCCAGCAUGAAGGAUGCCAAGGAGCUGAUAGCACAGCUGGUUUUGGAAACACAGUGACAGCUCUUUUCCUGCAAUGUGAUAUCUGCAGCUGAGGGGGACGAGGUGUUAGUGUAUGGUCAGUUUGCUGUGUGGCGGCUGAGAUGUACAGAUAGCUUUUCCUUGUGGGCGUGGAAUUCCUAUGAAAGUGAUGUCUAGUUGGUAAGAAAAUCUGAUUUAUAGUGGUUUGAAAAUACAUUUGAAAAGUAGUGUAUUUUUUAGCAUAGUUGUAGGGGAAAAUUAGUCUCUCCGACAGCAGAGUUAAGGGGAUAUAGAGCUUAGAUGGGCUGAGAUGGCUUCUUGCCAGGUGGAAAUCAAGCAUUGACUUCAGUGGAACAAAGUCGUAUCCAGUGAAUUUAACCUGGCUCAAUGUCUCAGGCUUAAACUGAAAUAGGUUUACUUCGCAGGUUUUGCAGAACCCUGUCAACAGCGCUGUUAAAAUGAGACCUCGCUUCUUGAGAGCGUCAGAAACACAAAGUGCUGCGACCAGUAGUUUUGAUGGUGACGAUUUUUGUUGUCACUGUGUUGGAGCUGGCUUUUAAGGGAGUGGCAAAUUGGUAAUCUCUGGAGAUUGGGUUGGUUACUGCUUCUUCAGUAGAUAAGAACAAGGAAAUGAAAGCGAGAAGACAUGAAGUGUUUCUCUGCCUACAGGGGAAAAGCAGAACAGUGUAAUCUAAGAUAGUGACUGAAACCAUUUAAGUUAAAUUGACACCAAAGGUGGGAGACUCCUCCAUCCGGCUGAGCGGCUCGUUUUGGUUUAGUCCAGCUUGCCCUCCAGCAAGCACUCUUAGGUGUGAAGAGCCUGUUGUUUUUUGAAAGCAAUUUCUGUCAGCCCAGCAGGUGAGGAAGAUGAGUGUCUGACAGGUGUCACUCUCCCAGGGCCCUCGUGGUUACGCUCCAAGGACGCGGUCCAGGAUCCGGGCAGUUCUGUACAGGUCCCGUUUUGCCACCGCAUGUGUUGUGGGAGGGUUUUCGAGUUCCGUGCUUUGCAACGGGCGCAUAAAGCAGAAAAUUUCACCCUAACCAGUGGUCCGGGCUUCAUUC